AUGUUGAAGAAAUGCAUUGUAGACCAUUCUUUGGUGUUGCCUGUAGAAGAGAUCAAUGUGACAGCCUCCUUAUCAUAUGAAGAGGAACCUAUUGCAAUUCUAGAUCAUCAGGUCUUGAAGUUGAGAAGUAAAGAAAUAGUUUUAAUUAAGGCCUUGUGGAUAAAUCAGAAGGUUGAAGAAGCCACUUGGGAAUCAAAAGACGACAUAAGAGCAAGAUACCCACACCUUUUUGACCCAGUAGAUGGCGGAGUUCAAGGUUCUUUACCUCCAGAAAUUGGAAAUCUAAAGGCAGCGACACAGAUGGCUCUGUCUAUGAAUCAAUUCUCAAAUGAAAUUCCCAGAGAAAUUGGAGGCUUGCAAAAUUUGGCGUACCUUUCUUUGAGACAUAACAAGUUGCAAGGACCUAUACCUGACUCAAUGAGCAAUAUGACAGGUUUUGAAUUCAUAGACCUUUCUCAUAAUAAUAUGUCUGGAAUCACUCCUAAGUCUUUGGAGAAGCUUCAAAACUUGAAGUAUUUCAAUAUUUCUAUCAACAAAUUUUAUGGUGAAAUACCCUCGGGAGGUCCUUUCAAGAACCUUUCGAGUCAGUUUUUCAUGUACAAUGAAUCAUUAUGUGGUUCUUCAAGAUUUAGUGUCCCGCCAUGGCCCACUUCAUCAAAGCAUAGAUCAAAUAGGAAAAAUUUGCUAGUUCUUUUUCUUUUGCUGGGAAUUGCACUAGUGGUUGUUCCUAGCACCUUUAUUUUUUUCUGGAUAAGGUAUAGAAAAGGUAAAAGAGCUCCUCAAGAAGCUGAUUCAUUGUCUGCCAUAACAAGAGAAAGAAUUUCAUACUAUGAACUGCUCCAAACAACUGAUGCACUUAGCGAGAGUAAUUUGAUUGGUUCGGGAAUUUUUGGCUCUGUAUACAAAGGCGUUCUCAGAAGUGGAAUUACAAUUGCAGUCAAAGUGUUCAAUCUGCAACUGGAUGUGGCAUUCAAGAGUUUUGAUAUGCAGAGACUAAGCAUUAUGAUAGAUGUGGCAUGUGCGUUGGAAUAUCUCCAUCAUGGGUGCGCAUUGCUAGUGAUUCACUGUGAUGUGAAGCCUAGUAACGUCUUUCUGGAUGAGGAUAUGGUUGCCCACCUAACCGACUUUGGCAUCUCAAAACUUCUUGGUGAAGAUGAGAGUGAUUUACACACAAAAAUGAGAAAGCCUAAUGAGUUUGAGGGAGAUCUUAGCUUGAAGCAAUGGCUGAGUUAUUCACUUCCAGAGGCAGUAAUGGAUGUUAGAUUCCAACUUGGUAACAUCAACGGGUAA